GUUGAGACCCAGCAUUUGCCCACCACCACCACUCUAGACACCCCACUUCUUCUUUUAGCCUUUUGCUCCGAUUUUCUCUCUCCACUCUUUAUUGCAAUCUAAGCUUUCAAAAAGAGAAUCCAUCUUUUUUUUUUUGGUGAAUUUAGGUUCCAUUGUACAGUUUGAGAUAAUUUUUAUACCCAAAAGUUGGAAAAAAGCUUAACAUGUGCACACAACAUUUUUUAUUGAUUCUCUUCUUCCUCUCUUUCCCUGUAAAUUCAUCCCCGUAAGAAAAGUUGAAAAAAGGGUAUGUUGUUUUGAUGGAGGAGAGCAAAAGUAGGUGAUUACUUCGUAUUCAGAUUAUUAGUACCUCAUAAAUUGAUUUUGGGGAGAUGGUUGAAUAAAUUCUGAAGGGUUUAUUGAUCUGGGUUUUUUUGAGGGUAGAGUAUGAAUUUGUGAAAAGUUACAAGUUUCUGGGUGAAAUUUGAUAAAAAUGGAACCCCAAGAAACACAGGAGCAGCCAAAAGGUCUCCAGAAAAAGAUGAGAAAACAGUUGACUGGGAAAAGGGAUGAUACAAAGCUUCAUGCUGCAGCAAGAGCUGGUAGUUUGGAUGAGGUGUUAGAAAUAUUGAAUGGUAUUGGGGAGGAUGAAUUGAAGGAAUUCCUGAUAAAACAGAACCAAGCAGGUGAAACAGCACUUUAUUCAGCUGCAGAAUACGGGCAUAUUGAUGUAGUUAGGGAGAUGAUAAAGUAUUAUGAUCCAGUUGCUGCCAGCAUCAAGGCUAAGAAUGGGUAUGAUGCUUUUCAUAUCGCAGCGAAAGAAGGGGAUUUGGUGAUGCUCAAAGUACUGAUGGAGACACACCCUGAUCUCUCCAUGACCUGUGAUACAUCCAACACUACAGCUUUGCAGACUGCUGCAACACAAGGGCACACUGAAGUUGUGGAAUUUCUCUUGGAGUCGGGAAGUGGGCUGGCCACGAUUGCUCGAAGUAAUGGUAAGACCGCUUUGCACGCUGCUGCAAGGAAUGGACAUGUGUAUGUAGUGAAAGCUUUAUUGGCGAAAGAACCUGGUAUUACUACACGGACUGACAAGAAGGGACAAACGGCACUUCAUAUGGCGGUCAAGGGUCAGAAUCUUGAGGUGGUGGAGGAGCUGAUUAAGGCUGGUCCUUCUUUGAUCAAUAUGACCGACAGCAAGGGCAAUACAGCAUUGCAUAUAGCCACAAGAAAAGGCAGGCGUCAGAUUGUAACGCGGUUGUUAGCUGAAAAUGGAACAGACACCACAGUUGUCAACAGGGCAGGUGAAACUGCCAUUGACACAGCUGAAAAAAUGUCACAUCCCCAGAUUUUAGAAACCCUUCAGGAACAUGGGGUUCAGAGUGCCAAAGUCAUCAAGCCUCAGGCAACCAGCAAUAAUGCUCGUGAACUUAAGCAAACCGUGAGUGACAUAAAACACGAAGUCCAUCACCAACUAGAACACACUCGCCAAACAAGACGCCGUGUCCAAGGAAUAGCUAAACGGAUCAACAAGAUGCACACUGAGGGCCUUAACAAUGCAAUCAACUCAACCACAGUGGUUGCGGUGCUCAUAGCAACAGUUGCUUUUGCAGCUAUCUUUACCGUUCCAGGCCAAUAUGUUGAUGACCCGAGUAAUAUUCCCCCGGGAAGUUCCCUCGGAGAAGCAAACAUUGCCCCAAAAGCAGCAUUUUUAAUCUUCUUUGUUUUCGACUCAGUUGCCCUUUUCAUCUCUCUUGCUGUUGUCGUAGUUCAAACAUCUGUAGUUGUUAUAGAAAGCAAAGCAAAGAAGCAAAUGAUGGCGAUCAUUAACAAGCUGAUGUGGUUGGCAUGUGUUCUCAUAUCAGUGUCAUUCUUGGCUCUUUCUUUUAUUGUAGUAGGAGUUAAGGAGAGGUGGCUUGCCAUUGGGGUGACAAUCAUAGGAACAACAAUAAUGGUGACUACUUUGGGUACCAUGUGUUAUUGGGUGGUUCAACAUAGGAUGGAGGCAAGAAGUUUAAGAAGCCUUAGGAAAUCCUCCCUAGAAAGCAGGUCUCGCUCUUGGUCUGUCUCUGCUGCAAUGUCAGAUACAGAGAUUCUCAAUGCUGAGAAGUUCAAAAAGAUGUACGCAAUAUGAAGUGUCCAAAGGUAUAUAUCUUCUAUUUGUUUGUCCAAUUUCCUGAUGCAGCUUCACCAAUCACCAUCCUUUGUAAAUCCUUACAAACUCAACGAUCACUUGUAAAUUUUUUGUCACAUUUUUCUGCAUCAGAUUUUUAUCUGUUUAUAAUUAUUAUUCAAAACCACCAGGGUGGUUACAGACUUAGGAGGUGACAGAAUAUAGUGGGGGUUAAUAAGAGCCUUUUUGUCAAAGUUCCUAAUGUUUGUAUAAAAUCUUCAGGUCUUAUGUAAUUUUGUUUAUUCUCCA